AUGUUCCGUGCCGAGCUUCGUCUUGCUCGUCUCCAUGACCUGGACUUUGAGCUUCUCCGCCUCCUCCUAUCGGCCUUGACUCUAGAUCGUCGAUGCGAGGUUGGCCAUUGUCGCCAGCGUCUUAGGAUGGUCCGCGCCGAGCUUCAUCCUUCUCCUUUCUAUGACCUGCACUUGGAGCUUCUCCGCCUCUUCCCAUCGUCCCUGAUUCAAAAACGUCGAUCCAAGGUUGGCCAUGAUUGUCAGCGUGUCAGGAUGGUCAGCGCCGAGCUUCGUCUUAAUCGUAGCUGCUCCGCCUCCUCCCAUCGGCCUUUCUUCCAGAACAUCGAUGCAAGGUUGGCCAUGCUCGCCAGCGUGUCAUGA